ACAUAUCUGAAUGCUUGCUCACCUAGUUUACCAGCUCCAUAAAGACACCUUUCCUGAAGAAUUUGACUUGCUCUACAAACAACUUUGCCAGCCCCUGCAAGUGCCACACCAGGUCUUCAAAGAAAUUGUCAAGUGCUGUGAGGAAAGGGUUCUGCCAUUGGCCAGAGACCAGACCUAUGCUGUGGAAGGGAAGACAUCAAUUGAUUGGCCGUCAUUCUUACUGUCUGGCAGGGUUACAGUAAGCCAGGAUGGACAAUUUCUACAUUAUGUCUUCCCGUAUCAGUUCCUGGAUUCUCCUGAGUGGGAAUCGCUUCGAUCUUCUGAAGAGGGAAUAUUUCAGGUGACACUGACAGCAGAGACUGACUGCAGUUUCAUCACUUGGCAAAGGAAGAAGCUCUACUUGCUUCUGGCAAAAGAGCGCUAUAUUGCCCGCCUGUUCUCAGUCCUCCUUGGCUUUGAUAUCUCAGAGAAACUGUAUGCCCUAAAUGAAAAGCUUUUUGCAAAAUUUGGCCUGCGAUUUGACAUCCGUCUUCCCAGCCUCUAUCAUGUCCUGGGACCUGCCUCUUCAGACGUGGAGGUGGAGAAAGAACCAGAGGAAUGUGAAGAGCCAACAGCCCAAUUAGGCCAUUCACCCACAUUUGUCCAGACAGCUCCUGUGGCCCCUUGCACUGGGUCUCUUCCUGUCCCUCCUGCCCAUCCCAGGAUACCUCGGCCUGACAGUGGCCUGUCUGCUUCUGGAAGCUACCUGAAGAUUAAUCAUCAGGCCCUUGCAAAAGGACGAGCCCCUCUGGCUCCUACUCAGACCCCAGAACUCUAGAGAAA